AGAUGUUUGGGAUCUCCUGACCGAUGGAUUUGAGAAUUUUGGGGUUGGAUUUAGGAUUUUUUUAGAAGGGGAAAGAGUUAAAAAUGAGCUGCACAGAGAACUCCGGGAGCUCCUGGCCGAGGGAUUUGCGGCUUUGGGGUCGGAUUUAGGAUUUUUUAGGAGGAAAGGAAAUGGUUAAAGGUGGCUGGAGUGUCUGGGAUCUCCUGACAGAUGGGUUUGGGAAUUUUGGGGUCGGGUUUAGGAUCUUUAAGAGGAGCAGAAAGAGUUAAAGGUGGCUGAGGUGUCUGGGACCUCUUGAGGGACGGAUUUGGGAUUUUAAAGGGUUGGAUUUAGGAUUUUUUAGAAGGAAAGGAAAGAGUUAAAGGUUGAAGUGCAGCAGAGAAUUCUGGGAUCUCCUGACCGAUGGAUUUGGGAAUUUUGGGGUCGUUUUUAGGGUUUUUUUUUUUUGUGAGGAAGGGAAAUGAUUUUAAAGGUGGCUGAGGUGUCUGGAAUGUCCUGAGAAUUUUAGAUUUGGAUUUAGGAUUUUUUAGGAGGAAGGGAAAGAGUUAAAGGUGGCUGAGCUGCAGAGAAAUCCGGGACCCCCGAGAGAAGGAUUUGGGAAUUUUGGGGUUGUUUUAGAGUUUUCUAGGAGGAGCGGAAAGAGUUAAAGGCUGAGAAGCAUCUGGGAUCUCCUAACCGCUGGAUUUGGGAUUUUUAGGGCUGGAUUUAGGAUUUUUUAGGAGGAGAGAAAAUAAUUCCUGGUGGCGGAUUUGCAGUAGAGAAAUUUGGGACCCGCUAAGAAAAAGAUGUGGGAAUUUUUGGGGAUGGAUUUAGGUUAUUUUUUUUUUUUUUAAGAAGAGGGGAGACAGUUCCUGGGGCAGAGAUGUCCGGGAUCUCCUGACUGAUGGAUUUGGGGAUUUUGGGGUUUGAUUUAGGAUUUUUUAGGAGGAGGGGGAAGAGUUAAAGGGAGCUGAGCUGCCAGAAAAUUUGAGGAGCUCCCGACCGCUGGAUUUGGGAAUUUGGGGACGGGUUUUAGGAUUUUUUAGAAGGAAGGGAAAGAGUUAAAGGCUGAGGUGCAGCAGAGAACUCUGGGAGCUCCUUAGAGACGGAUUUGGGAAUUUUGGGGUUGGAUUUAGGGUUUUUUUUUAGGAAGAGGGGAGAGAAUUCCUGGGGAUGAGGUAUCUAGGAUCCCCUAGCCGAGGGAUUUGGGAAUUUUGGGGUCAGAUUUAGGGUUUUUUAGGAGGAGGGGAAAGGAUUUCUGAUGGCUGAGCUGCACAGAACUCCGGGAUCUCCUGACCGAGGCAUUUGGGAAUUUUGGGGUCAGGUUUGGGAUUUUUUAGGAGGGAGGGAAAGAGUUGAAGGUGGCUGAGCUGCACAGAGAACUUUGGGAUCUCCUGACUGAUGGAUUUGCCGAUUUUGGGGUUGUUUUUAGGAUUUUUUUAAGAGGAGCAGAAAGAGUUAAAGGUGGCAGAGAACCGCGGGAUCUCCUGAAGGACGGAUUUGGGAAUUUUGGGGUUGGAUUUAGGAUAUUUUAGGAGAAGAGGAGAGUGUUCCUGGGGCUGAGGUAUCUGGGAUCUCCUGAGGGGCGGAUUUGGGAAUUUUGGGAUUUUUUUUUUUUUUUUUAAGAGGAAGGGAAAGAGUUAAAGGCGGCUGAAAUGCACAGAGAACUUGGGGAGCUCCCGAGGGACGGAUUUGGGAAUUCUGGGGGUUGGAUUUAGGAUUUUUUUAGGAGGGAUGGAAACGGUUAAAUUUGGCUGAGGUGCAGCAGGGAACUCUGGGGCCCCCUGAGAGAAGGAUUUGGGAAGUUUGGGGGUUGUUUUUUGGGUUUUAGGAGGAAGCGAAACAGCUCGUGCUUCAUCACGUGCCGCCCAUCCCUCCCUGCCAGCAGGAAAAAAAAAAAAAACAACAACCAAAAAAACUUUUCCAAGGAUUUCCUGGAAUCUUCAGCAAAUGGGAGGGAGCCAGGCAGGAGGAAGGGGAGGAAAAAAAACCCCAAAGUUUUUUGGCCAUGUCCACAGCUGGAAUUUUGGGAUCGCUGCUCCAAGUGGAGGAAAACUUCUCCUCCUGCCUGGCCCGGAUCGACGCCCUCAUCCUCAAACCUCUGCUCCAGGCAGAGCCCCACGAUCCCAAGGAAAAGGAGAACUUCCAGCUCUUGGUGCUCCUCAACGAUCGUUUCCAAGCCCUCUGGAAUUUCACAGAAGAAAAUUCUCGGAACCUGAGGGGAAAACGAGGCAGCUCCGACUCCGGCUGCAUCCAGGAUUUUUACAUCCUCUGGAAAGGAGAUCUUUUCCUGAGCCUCUACAUCCAAUAUUUCGUCACCUUCGCCAACUUUGUCGUGGUCCAGGGCUUCGAGCAGGCCACCAAGAGCAAGAGUGAGGCCUGGAAGCUCCACAAGGCGCUGCUGAAGGAAUUCCUGCGGGAUUUCACCUCGGAGAGCUCCCUGGCGCCCGCCCUGCACGCUGCCCUCCACAAACCCUUCCGGGAUCACAUCCAGAGCUACCUCCAGCUCCUCUCCCAGCUCCAGGGGCAGCUCCAGGAGGGAUCUGAGCAGGAUGUGGUGGCUGCUGUCAUCCGGGAAUUUGGGAAGCUGGAAUCUUUCAUCAGCCAGGUCCUGGAUGAAGCCUGCUUUACCAAGGAGCUCUGGAAAUCCUUGGGCUACAAAUUCACCGACGUGCUGUGUGUCCCUGAGAGGAGGCUCCUGGAGGACAGCAGGAACCUCCCCAUCUCUUCUGGCAGCGCCCGCUCCGAGCGGCUCCUGCUCUUCGACGACGUCCUGGUGCUCAUCCAGGGAAACAGCUUCCAGAGUUUUGAUCUCAAGCUGGUGUGGGUGGAUGAAAACUGUGGAGAGAAAUCGGCUCCAGGAUUGUACAACCUGCGCAUCACAACCCCGGAAGAGACGUUCGUCCUCUCUGCCAAGGACCCCCAGAUGAAGGCCGUGUGGAAGUGGAAGCUGGAGCAGGCUGUGCGCCAGGCACUGAACGGGAAGCGGGAUUUUCCUCUCUGGGGCCGGAGCGGGGAGGGCAGCGAGGCGCCGUCCCGCCGCUUCUUCACCUACGCGUUCCGCACCGAGGGGCGGCUCCGGGGGGCCACCUACGAGGGCGAGUGGCUCUGGGGGAAGCCCCAUGGCAAGGGGACGCUGAAGUGGCGCGAUGGACGCAACCACGUGGGGGAUUUCCAGGAGGGCCUGGAGCACGGGUUUGGGAUCUGCCUGGUCCCGCGGCGCUCCGAGGAUCGCUACGACUGCUACAAGUGCCACUGGUACCAGGGCAAGAUGCGGGGCUAUGGAAUCUGUGAGUAUGGGAGUGACCUGGUCUACAAGGGCUACUUCAAGGACAACGUGCGCCAAGGGUUUGGGAUCCUGGAGAACUUCUCAGCAGAGCAUCCCUUCAAAUACACAGGACAGUGGGAAAACGACAAAAGGAACGGAUACGGAGUCUGGGAAGACAAGGAGAGAGGGGAGAGGUACAUCGGGAUGUGGCUGGAUGACCAGAGGCACGGAGAAGGCAUCGUGGUGGCCCAGUCAGGGCUCUGCUACCAGAGGACGUUCCAUGCGGAUAAAAUGGUGGGUUCAGGAAUUCUGCUCCUGGAAGACGACUCUGUCUACGAAGGAAACUUCACCGAAGAUCUGACGUUUGUUGGAAAGGGAAAGCUCUCCUUGGCCAACGGCUUCGUGCUGGAGGGGACGUUCGGCGCGCGCAGCGGCCGCGGGCUGCGCACCCGCGGCGUGCUCAACACGGCCCCCGAGCCCGAGGAGCCGCGCCCCGCAGCCCAGCUGGGCCUCAAGGAAUUCCCAGUGGAGCAGAGAUGGACGGGAAUCUUCGAGCAAUUCCUGGAAUUCCUCCAGUCUGGCUGCAAGGAGGAAAUGGAGGAAUCUUUCACAGGAUUCCACAUCCAAUCCAGCAAGGAGCUGAGGAAAUCCCAGGAAUAUCUGUUCUGCCAAAGAGGCACUGAGGAGAUCUCCUGGAAAACUGAGGAUAUCCUGGAAGAGCUCAUCCAGCACCAGGAUCUCCAGUCACUCCAGAGUUACUUGGAGAAGGCACUGAAAUCCUCCCUGCAUCCCUUGGGAAAGCUGCUGAGGGCUCUGAGCGUGGCGUUCCAGGCCACGUAUUCCGGGAUCGGAGCCAACCGGCACCUGCUGGGAAUGGCACAGGAGGAGGUCAAGUUCUACUCCAAGAAAAUCUGGGAAUUCUACCAGGGUUUGCUCCAGCUGGCCCUGGAGCAGAAGGGCCAAGUGCCCUCAGAGGAAGCAGAUCCCAGUCUCCAGAAGGGCUCCAGCCUGGUGCUGCCGCUGAUCCUGCCCGCUUUCUAUCCCGAGCUCUCCAUGCUCUACAUGCUCCAGCACCAGCGCGAGGACGAGCUCUACUGCCAGGGAAUCGUGGAGCUCAGCCUCUUCUCGGAUAUCCAGCUCCUGGAAUUCCUGGAUGUGCAGAAGCACCUGUGGCCUCUCAAAGAUCUCACCCUGACCUCCAACCAGAGGCGCUCCCUGGUCAAGGACAAAUGUUUCCUGUCUGCCACUGAGUGUCUGCAGAAGCUCAUCACCACGGUGGAUCCCAGGGAAAAGCUGGAAAUCCUCCGGAAAACCUACGAGGAGCUGGAGCACACGGUGUCCCGGCUGCUGGAGAAGGAAUUCCGGCUGCCCAUGGAUGAUCUCCUGCCCCUCCUCAUGUUCGUCGUAUCCCGAGCCAAGAUCCAACACCUGGGAGCUGAAAUCCAUCUGAUCCGGGAUUUGAUGGAUCCCACCAACCAGGGCGGAAUGUUGGACUUCCUGCUGACGGCACUGGAGUCGUGCUAUGAACACAUCCAGAGGAUCCGGCUGCAUCCAAAGGAAAGCUCCCACAGCUCCUGAUCCAUGGGGAAAAUCCUCCUUUUCCUGAACUUUCUGGACCAAAUCCCGCUGGAAAAAGUGGGAAUUGUAUCCCUGGCUGCCUUUAAAGGGAAGAAUUCCUCCCCAGCCGAGGUUUUCCUGAUCCCAAACACACUGGAAAGGCUGGAAUUUCCAUCUCCAAUCUUUGGGAAUUUUUUUUCAAGUA